UGCAUCAUGUCUGGAAGAGGCAAAGGUGGAAAGGGACUCGGAAAAGGAGGCGCGAAGCGUCAUCGAAAAGUGUUGCGUGAUAACAUCCAGGGCAUCACCAAGCCUGCCAUCCGUCGGCUUGCUCGUCGCGGCGGAGUGAAACGUAUCUCCGGUCUCAUCUACGAGGAAACUCGCGGUGUGUUGAAGGUGUUUCUGGAGAACGUUAUCCGUGACGCCGUCACCUACACCGAGCACGCCAAGAGAAAGACCGUCACCGCCAUGGACGUCGUGUACGCGCUGAAACGACAGGGACGCACUCUGUACGGCUUCGGAGGUUAAACGCGUUUAUUCUGAAGUAAAACAUUGAACACAACGGCUCUUUUAAG